UUUACAUUCUGUCGUAUGAAUUUCAAAAUAUUGCAGCAUCAACAGAAAUAGCAUAUCGUGAAUGCUAAAGCUUGUAGAAUCAAUAUCGGGUGAUCACAAUAUCAGAGCACAUCUGUGUUCUCAUCUAGUGCGUGUUUGAUUCGAUGAAUCAUGGAGUCUAUUGAUGAAGCACAAACAGAUGACCGCCUGUGUCGGAGCCUUCCGAUGGAUGUGAUUUACCGCGGUCUCGACCGGUUUGAGCUGCGUCACUUCCCGGAAGUACGACCCUCGGAGGACCACACCGUUCUGUACAAUCUCCCGAUUGAUCCCCGCGGAGCGGAGCCGCCAGCACCGCGUCGAUCGUACAGCAAGUGGGACGCGAAUUAUGUCCGUCUACCCUGUUCCCAUCGCAGCCAGUACCCGGUGGAGCAAGAUGACGGAAGCACAGCGCUUGAAAGUCGCUGGGAGCUGGUACAGAAUGCGCUACUUCAACCAAUCCACACCAGCCGCCAGCUAGAGGCGGCCAUUCUUUCGUACAACACAAAAUAUGCCAACAGUUGGAAAUUUAAGUCGCUUCACAAGCUGUUCGAGGAGGAACUGGAAGAGGACGAAAGUGCAGCCUUUUUCGAGCAUACCCUCCCGAAAAUGAUCCAGCUGGCUCUCUCGCUGCCGGAGUUAGUGCCAGGAGCUAUUCCGCUACUGAAGCAGGGUUGCAACAAAUCGAUUUCGCUCACCCAGCAGCAGGUGGCUUGCUUGUUGGCCAAUGCGUUUCUUUGUACGUUUCCUCGGCGGAAUACACAGAAAAAGAAAUCGGAGUACAGCCUCUUCCCCGAUAUCAACUUUAAUCGGUUGUUUCAGAGUACCGGACAGUGCGUAAUUGAGAAAAUCAAGUGCGUGUGUAACUACUUUCGGAGGGUUUGCGCAAGGAUGCCUACAGGGGUUCUCACAUUUAAGCGGAGGUACAUCAAUCCGAAGCAGAUUGUGGACUGGAGUAAAUGUAAUGCAAUAAUAGCGCGAGACGUAGUUCCGCUCCAUGUAACUUCGGAGGGUACUAUCGAAGACCAAGGCAAAGGAUUGCUGCAGGUCGAUUUUGCUAAUAAGUACGUAGGGGGAGGAGUUCUCGGGCAUGGCUGCGUUCAGGAAGAGAUCCGCUUCGUCAUAAACCCCGAGCUGUUGGUCAGUAGAUUGUUCACAGAAGCGCUCAAACCGCACGAAGCGUUGGUGAUGAUGGGUUCGGAGCAAUUCAGUGAGUACAGCGGAUAUGCCUCAAGUUUUACCUUCGCAGGAGAUUUUCACGAUGAAACUCCGCGGGAUUGUAGCGCACGGAGAGAGUGCUACGUUGUAGCUAUCGAUGCGUUACAUUUCGUACAGGGCAGCCAUCAGUACAGGGAGGAGUUGAUGCUGCGGGAGCUGAAUAAAGCUUACGUCGGAUUCUAUCAUCCGCUUUCAUCGCCGGCGCCCGGAGUAGCCACGGGAAAUUGGGGCUGUGGAGCUUUCGGAGGGGACGCAAAUUUGAAGGCGUUGCUGCAGCUGAUGGUGUGCUGUGUACUAAACCGUCCGAUUGUCUACUACACUUUUGGGGAUCGUGAACUGAGGGAUCGCAUCGCUGCGAUGUAUACAUUUCUGGUGGACAAUAAAGUAAAAGUCUCCGACAUUUGGCGCUCGCUAAGGGACUUUCGCAAGCACAAUCUCGGGGCAAGCAAACUGUACGCAUACAUUUACCAAGAUUUUUACGAUCGGCAAAACAACAAAAUGUCCUGCUUCCAUUUGAGAAGCCCGAAGCGAAAGGACAAAUCCCCGGAAGUGAUGCACGAUCAAAUGACAGUCAGUUCGGAUCAAUUGGACGAUGAAAAAUUGGCCAACCUGAUGAGGGACCUGGUCGACACUGACGACGAGCCACAGUCUGUGGAGAAGCCCUGCACAUCCAUUUCAUUGGCGGCGAAUGAUAGCCGAAACUUGGAAGCGAAUCACCCCCCAGAUGAAGUGGUCGUUACACCAUCGCCCAAGAAAUGUGGUCGAAUGUCAUUGAUUGCUGAGCUGGAUCGGAGUUAUUAUUCGAUCGGACCGGGUCCGGCGAAGAAGCUCUGCCCUUCGACGUCUCCCUGCUCGAUGAGUUUGAAUGGAAACGAGCCUCCACGAGAAGAAAUAAGAAUACAGAUUGAGGACGACGAAGAGCUGACGCCAGAAGAGUUGCCCAGAGAUGAAUGUGUAGUGGAAGGUGAAAUCAGGGCUGAGGAGAGUCCGGAGGAGUUUGUUGAUGGAACACCCCCAAAGGAAGUGAGGAAAAAAAGUUACAGCGGAUGUAGCGCGAAUAGGAAAAUUUCGGACUAUUUCGCUAAAACCGGUAAGUAGCAAGGUGGACGUGUUGUUAAACUGUUGACAGUGAAAUAUAUUGAUAUGUUGCCUUUUGAAA